UCGUCGCCGUCGCCGAGACGAAAUAGAAGAGACGAGGUGUGCGUGUCGUGCAGGUGGUGAUCCGUACCCUGGCCACUGCGACCCUACCCUCCUAGAGCCCUCGACUCUCUUCUUCUUUUCCCCUUUCUCUCUUCCAUCUCUGCCGUCUGUUCCCCCUUUUUAUCCUACCCCCGUCAUAUCCAAGCCAAACGUGACAAGCCGCUGAUUGGGACAACGGAGCUCCGCUCCCACGAGGAGCUCUGUACGUGAAGCUAGUCCUUUGACGAAAAACAACUUUACUCAGUGGGAGUGAUACGACGUCGAGGUGCCGGCACUGACAACGAGCCCAAGGGAGCAGAUGAUCGUUCAACCAUUUGGCAGAGCAACGGGGGAUAUAUCGUCAGAGAUCACGAGGGUGUCGUUGUAAAUCGGGAAGAAAAAGAAGAAUAGUGCAAGCUACGCGCGCGCAGCUGGCUACGCCUUUCGGGAGGUGCUGUGGAGGUCGGGCUCUUUAUUACCGAGAACUGUUGGUGAAUUGCAAAUCGAACAAACGAAAUACGAGAGACUUACCUGGUGCAAUUGUGAUCGAGGAUGCAGCUGUGUCGGGAGAAGCAACAGUGCCAGGAUCGUCGUCGUUGAGGAGCAACCACUGGAACGUCCAUCGGAGCUGAGAACGAGGCUGAUCUUUUACUGGUGCGGCGUAGCGUCGUCAGCGAGCUGGACAGAGGCACAUCACCGGCAUCACAAGGCUCGCGGAGCAGCAACAGCAGCAGUGUCAAACGGUCGCGCUGAACGAGCUCUAUUCGAUUACUCCUCGAUCCCAUCGCAGCCCGGUUGCAACAACGGGACGAGCACCGACAGCCACAGCUGUAAAUACGCCCAGGAUCGCCACGACCCGGGACUCUGACUAUACCCUCCGACGAGCCGCUCCUCCUCCACCUCCUCGUCCAUAACUACAUCUGUACACACGCAUAUUACACGAAAGCCAUCAUCGAUACCCCAUACCUGCUGUACAUUCAUACGUUUAUAUACCAAGACCUUCCUCCCCCCCCCCCUCCCAACUCAAUGAUAGUCCGAGUGCUAUCUAAAGUGUUGCACGAGUUAUCCGAGUCUUUGUAUGAUUUUUCAUUGUUUUCGUUGUUGCCCAGUGCGGUGAGAGGAAUCAUUGUAAUAUUGUAAGAGGAAGAUUUCGUUCGAGAAGCCGGAAAGUUUUUUUGUUCAAAUGAAGGAGCCCAGUGUGAUAUAAAUAUAUAUGUGUAUAAAAAGAAGAAAAAAAAAUUAAUUGAUCAUUGUUGGGUGAUCCGCCGCAACGCAGUGUGAUAGGCAUAUACAUAUAUAAAUAUCGAGUAUAAAUACAUAUGUAUGUAUAUUUGAAACAAAAGAAAAAGAAGAAGGAGGAGCAAGUGAAGCACGUAAAUUAGUUGAUUUGAAAGAAACAGCCACAAGACGUGAAGUUUUAAUAAUAUACGUAACACAGGUGUAUCGUGUCGUGUCCAUGAGAUGAGAAUACAAAUAAUAAUAUUAAUCUGAGUGGUGAUAACGUUUGUAACAAAGAAAAAAAAAAAAAAAAAAAAAAAAGUUCGCAGAGUGUCCGAGAGUGUGUGAAAGCCCGCGCGUGGAUAAAGUAAUAAUAAUAAAUAAUAGUUGUAAUGAUAAAAAUAAUAAUAAUAAUAAUAUAGUCAAACCGAGAGGAUAAAGAGUACAAAAUUAUAACAAGAAACCUACGAGUGAGUAGCGGAAGGAGAUUGUAAUUACAUCGGCGAGAACUGUAGCCAAGAAAAAAAAAAAAAAAAAAGAAAGGGACAACAAAGGAAUAGAAGGAGGGGGGUGGUGGAAAUAAAAAAGGUCGAGGCUGGAUAAUUUAUCCAGAGUUUUUCCACCGCGACCAGUUAACGAUAAAGCCUAAAACUGUUAGACGACGAGUGCGCGAGUGACUGGCCGCAGCAGCCACACGCCCAUAGCCAUAGCAUGAGUUCGUACUUUGCGAAUUCGUACAUCCCGGAUCUGCGCAAUGGCGGGGUCGAGCAUCCGCACCAGCACCAGCAGCACUACGGGGCGGCCGUCCAAGUGCCCCAGCAGCAGCAGCCGGUGCCACAGCAGCCCCAACAGGCCAGCGAUCCGUGCGACCCUGCCCUCCAGCUGCGCCAAGGCGGCGUGCCCGGCCACCACUAUGGGAGCGCCGCGACGGGCCAACAGCCGGGCAUGCCCUAUCCCCGCUUCCCACCCUACGAUCGCAUGGACAUUCGCAACGCGGCCUAUUACCAGCAGCAGCAGGAACACGGGAUGGACAUGGCCGGGUACAGGGCGAGCUCGCCGACCGCGGGCAUGGUGGGCCACAUGGGCCACACCCCGACCCCGGUGGUCAACGGCCACCCGAGCACGCCCAUCGUAUACGCCUCGUGCAAGCUCCAGGCCGCCGCGGUCGACCACCAGGGCAGCGUCCUCGACGGGCCCGACAGCCCGCCCCUCGUCGACCAAACCCAGAUGCACCACCAGAUGCACCCCCAGCAUCCGCACAUGCAGGCCCAACAGCCCCCGCCGCCCCAUCCCCAGCAGCAACCCCCGCAGGCUCAACAGCCCCAUCAGCAGCAGCACAUGCAGCAAACGCAGCAGCACAUGAUGUACCAGCAGCAGCAACAACAGCAACAAACGCCGAGCACGCAGGCACAGCAACAGGCGGCGGUUGCGGCAGCGGCGGCGGCGGCGGCGAUGCACCAGCAGCAGGCCCAGCCGCAGCAGCAUCAGGGCGUCGUUGCGUCGCCCCUGGGGCAACAGCAGCCGCCCGGCACGCCGCAGAACAACGCGGCCAACAACUUGCCUAGUCCGCUUUACCCCUGGAUGAGGAGUCAGUUCGAGAGGAAGCGAGGCAGGCAGACGUACACGCGAUACCAGACCCUGGAGCUCGAGAAGGAGUUCCACUUCAACCGCUACCUGACCAGGCGGCGCAGGAUCGAGAUAGCGCACGCGCUCUGCCUCACGGAGCGCCAGAUAAAAAUCUGGUUCCAGAAUCGGCGGAUGAAGUGGAAGAAGGAGACGAAGACGAAGGGCGAGCCGAACUCGGGUGACGGUGACACCGACAUCUCGCCCCAGACCUCACCGCAGGGCUGAGCCUCACCCCUCGGACUCCAGCACCACGACUACCAGUACUACCAUCACCAAUUACAACACCACAAUGAUGAUGAUCAUUUCUACGACGAGGCAUGAUUUUUCAACACAUACACAUCUAUUUAUCUAUCUAUCAAUUACCUAUACAUGUAUAUCUAAAAACAGCCAGCCAAUCGAUACAAUCCAGAGAUAAAGGAUGCAAACGAGGUGUCGCGGUAAACGCCUGCCUCCCUAUGUAUCCGCUAGCCUCCCAUAAAACUUACUCUUUCGUUACCAGAGAAAUAGCGAUGCAUCGGACGAAAGAUGAUCCUUUCAAGGUUAUCCUACCACCCCUUCGAUUCGGUACACCCAUUUUACAUUAUAUCCACACACAUACACACGUACAAUAAUUUAAAAAUAAAAAAUAAAAAAAACCGCAAUGACGCUUAUCUUGUCGUGUUAUAAAACAAGCUGCUCGUACCAAAUAUAUAGUGAACGAAGACGCCGUCGAGGGAGGGUCGGCGGGCGCAGAAGAAUUUUUAUUAAGAGAUAUAGAAUUUUAUUAUAGUUUCCUCCGAUUCGAGAUGCAUCUCUCGACCCCCAAGGCUUUUUUUUUCUACGCGAUGUGGACGUGCUACUAUACGCUACACGAUACGCAACUAUUAUUACUAUUAUUGUUAUACCGUCGUUAUACGUGUCUCGCACGAUGUAGAGAAAAAGGGGUGUAUGUGAAUACGUGUGCUGGACAAGCGAAAAAAAAAAAACAAACAAACAAACAAAAAAAAAAAAAAGAUUAGUUCGUCGACGACUACUACUUCUACUUGCUAUUAUACGGGAAAAUGCGCAAUCACGAGGAUGACGAUCCGUUCGAGGAUGUAGCGGAUACGAAAGAAACUGGAUCGCAUGCUAAUCAGAAUCACGCGUUAGCCUCCAUUGGGUUUAAUCGAGUGUAAUUCAUCUAUAUAGAGCCUAUAAAUUGUGCGUGCUAGGUAUGAUAUUGUUAAGCUUGAGGUAAAAAAAAAAAAAAAAAAAAAAAAAAAAAAAAAAAAAAAAAAAAA